AAAACCACCAUAAAUCACUCAAUUGUUUCAACAUAUAGAAAGAAAUCAUAUUUAACAAUUUCGCACAAGGUUUUGGACCCCAACAACUAUUCCUCUGCCCAAUAGAAAACCCUGGGAAUCCCAAAAUUAGUACCAGGAGUGUGAGGACAAUUGCAGUGUCCAAAAGAUGCGCGGCCAAAUAUGUUCCAAAAUGGGUGGGAAGGCAAAGCCACCGCAGAGUACUGGAGGACGCUGGCGUUCAAGGGGAAGGGUGGCGGAGGUAUGUUCCAAAGUGGGUGGGAAGGCAAAGGUGCCAUAUGUACAAGCGUGUAUUGAGCAAGAAACCUUUUUGGAUGAUUUCUUGGAUUACUUCCUUGAUCCAAGUCAGGAUAAGAGAGAACUUGUAGCUGUAACUCUUUGUUCCAUUUGGAAUAACCGUAACAGCUGCAUCUAUAGGUUUUCUUGUUCAACUCCUGAUAAAACUAUAAAAGCUAUAAAGAACUACUUGGCAGAGUACAGAGAAGCAAAAGAGCGGGAUGCAGAUACUGUUCAAGAGUUGGGACAGCAGUUCAGCAGUGUAGAAUCAGCCAGGGUUCCACCACCUGAAGGCACCACUAAAAUCAACAUGGAUGCUGCAAUACCAAAUCAGUAGGAUAUAGCUAGCCGAGGGGGUGGUCCUAAGUGAUAGCAGUGGCCACGUGUUGGGGGGCUCGUAAGAGGACUCAAGGUCAUCUGGAAGAUGUUACUCAAGCAGAGGUCGCAGCAAUUUGCUUUCAACCGCAGCUAGGGAAGGAAUUUGGACGCAAGAAUAUCAUUGUGGAGUGUUGAAGUAAUGUGAGUUAUGGCAAAAAAAACAUCCAACGUCGAGAAAAAAUAUGAAAAGAAAGAGUGAUUUAAGUA